AUGUCGGUCUUACAAUUCCACCUCAAUGGCUUCAAGCCUGGCGACCCUCACGACCUCUAUCGAGCAAAUGAAGAGAAUACCAACAUCAAGAACGAUGUCCCGGAAGAGGUUGACGUCCUUAUUGUCGGCUCCGGACCGGCAGGACUCGCAAUCGCAGCCCAGCUUUCACUUUUCCCGAACAUCACUACACGACUGGUUGAGCAAAAGGCCGAACGCCUCACUCUAGGACAGGCCGAUGGCUUACAGGUCCGAAGCAUCGAGAUGUUCGAAGCCUACGGGUUCAGUGAGAGAGUCCUCAAGGAAGCUUACUACAUCAACGAAACGACUUUUUGGAAGCCUGAUGAGCAGCAACCAGACCAUAUCGUGAGAAGUGGCAGGAUCAAGGAUACAGGUGAUGGCCUGUCUGAGUUCCCACAUGUCAUUCUCAAUCAAGCCAGGGUUCAUGACUUCUUCCUUGAUGUCAUGCUUAAGUCACCGACUAGACUACAGCCAUCUUACUCGCGCAAGCUCAAACAAAUCCUUCUGCUGACAGUCAAGGACAAUCCCGACGCAUCUACCGUGGACAUAGAGCUGGAGAGAGCAGACCCGGGCCAUGAAGGAGAGAUUGAAAACGUACGUUCCAAAUACGUCGUAGGUUGUGACGGAGCCCGCAGCGCAGUCCGUCAAGCCUUGGGUCUCAAACUCGAAGGCGACUCGGCAAACCAAGCCUGGGGCGUCAUGGAUAUCCUCGCCGUAUCAGAUUUCCCAGACUGGAGAACAAAAGUCGCCAUACACUCUGCAACCCAGGGCAGUAUCCUCAUCAUCCCUAGAGAAGGAGGCUAUCUUGUACGCCUUUACAUUGAGCUCGAUAAGCUCAACGCCAAUGAGCGCAUUGCGAGCAAGCAGAUUUCAGCAGAUCGACUCAUCGAAACUGCAAAACGCAUUUUCCACCCAUACAAUCUUGAGGUCAAGGAAGUGGUUUGGCACUCUGUCUAUGAGAUCGGUCAGCGUCUGUGCAGCAGAUUUGAUAACCUGAGCUCCGAAGACACCUCAGAUUAUCCCAACAUUUUCAUCGCAGGCGACGCGUGCCAUACCCACAGCCCUAAAGCAGGUCAGGGUAUGAACGUCAGUAUGCAAGAUGGCUUCAACCUCGCUUGGAAACUGGCUUCUGUGCUGCAAGGCACAGCUUCUGCCUCUAUCCUCCAUACCUACUCUGCAGAGCGUCAAAAAGUGGCUCAGGAUCUUAUCAACUUCGACAGAGAAAUCGCAAGCAUGUUCAGUGCUCGUCCCAAGAGCAAUGUUGAUGAUGAGGAAGGAGUGGACCCCGCCGAAUUUCAGCGAUUCUUCGAGAAGCAGGGCUUGUUCAUGGCUGGACUGGGUACGGCAUACAGCUCUUCCGUCAUUACAGCCGUAUGCGAGCAUCAAGAUCUGGCAAAGGGCUUCCCUGUAGGUAUGAGAUUGCACUCAGCUCCCGUCAUCCGUCUCGCAGAUGCAAAACCCAUCCAACUCGCCCACGUGGUCAAAGCAGACGGAAGAUGGAGGGUAUUCGUCUUUGCAUCCUCUGAAGACCCUGCAUCAGCUUCUUCGUCUUUCCAGAUAGCUUGCAAGUCUCUAUCCGAAUUGGUGGACAAAUUCACACCUUCCGGUGCUGAUGUGGAUUCUGUCAUUGACGUCCGCGCUAUCUUGCAGCAAGGACAUGCGUCUCUGAACAUCAACGACAUGCCUUCCAUCGUCUGGCCGCAAAUGGGCAAGUACGGGCUAAGAGACUACGAAAAGGUCUUUUGCGCUGAAACUUUGCUUGGACACGAGGAUAUCUUUACUGCUAGGGAGAUUGAUCGUGAGACAGGAUGCGUCGUUGUCGUCAGGCCUGAUCAGUACGUCGCCAACAUUUUGCCUCUUGACGAUCAUGAAGGCCUUGUAAAGUUCUUCGAUGGUUUCAUGAGAGCAAGGGAGUGA